GCCACAGCGGCUCAGCGCACAUCUCGCAACUGCGUUGCUGCCCUCACAACCUUGGCUGGCAGUUGUGCAGUCUGCGAAGUCACGUCCCUCGUGUCACUCCUUGCUUAGCUUGACCCUCCUUUCCUGCCUGCUCGCUCGCUUAGCUGUAUCUCCUGAACUUCGAACAGGAGUUCCGUUACACAGCGCUGUAGCUGACCUUUAAGUGGACUCAAUAGUUAGCUGUAUCUCCUGAUCCUCGAGCAGGAGCGCCGUUAGAUUGCGCUGCAGGAGACAAAGAGGUCGCACUGCUCCGAGACUUGUUAGCGAAGGUGCACUACUUUGCACACUCGAACCGAUUUGGUUGAGGUCGCACGCUCCCUAUUCGCGCGUAGAGGCGUCCCCUUUUUAGUCGACUCAAAAGCGUCCCAAUGUCAAAACAACGUCCGGUUUUUACGUGACACCUCAGUGUCACUUCGAGCCGUUAGCACCCGUAGGUGAUUUUUGAUUCGACUCAAAAAUAGCACCGGAAAGCACUAUGCUAUUCUGACAGCGACACCGACAGCGUCACAGUGGCACUUCACGCCGUUAGUGGCACUAUACGCCGCUAUUGAGAGAUAGCGUUUGGGAUUUCCCACAAACGAGAGGUAGCUCGUCUCCAGUCCUCUGCCAUGUCGUCGCUACCACCACGACCGAGAGAAUCAAAGAGUCUAGCACACUACUCGCCGUGGCGGCCGAUACCAGUUAGCGCUUAGCCCAUCAACGCCGCCAUUGGUGGAGGCGUUUGGCGAAACCAGCAUAGCAUCGAAAACUCCCGAGGAAACACCUGUCGCACCGUACGCCUGUAGCGUGCACCUGUAGCACCGUACGCCUGUAGCACCGUACGCCUGUAGCACCGUACGCCUGUAGCAUCGAGAACUCUCUAAGGGACACCACCAAAUCGGCAGUAAUGGCCUCGAGAACUACGCGCUCGAGCGACGCUCGUACCUUCGGCCUCUCUUCCCUAGCUCGCUCGCGUAGCCAUGUAUCAUGUCUUGAGAAGUCUCUACACUCGACCGGUGCUCAUGCCUUCAAGCUCUCUUCCCGAAUUCGAUCUCCCGGCCGUAUCACAUCAUCCCACGGCCACCGUGUUCCACCGCACACCGCCGUCCUGAUCGCCGCACUAGCCCUAGCCCUAACUGUCGCUGCGCGUAUCGGAGUCGCGGCUGGCCUGACGUCCGCAAGAGACGUCGACGCGCUAGGAGACAUCUACAGCGGCUUUAACCGCUCCGAGUCGCUGCAGACGUGGACGAGGGGCGACCCGUGCGGCAGCGACGGCAGCGAGAACGCGGGCGAGCCGUGGCGCGGCGUCACGUGCGACGGCUCGGUUGACCCCCAACGAGUGGUCGAGAUCCAUCUACCGGAUUCCGACAUUCACGGGUAUAUCUCGGGAUCCAUCAGCGCGCUUAGCAAGCUGCGAUCCUUCGUAGUGCGCAACAAUGCCAUUAUAUACGGCAUUCCCGAAGCGGUCUCGGUGCUCACAACGCUGCACACCCUCGACCUCAGCAACAACCCGCUGAAGGGCACCGUUCCACCAGGGCUCGCGCGUCUUUCCGCCCUCUCCUCUCUUGACCUGUCGAGUUGCGAGCUGGAAGGGGACCUACCACGACUGCUCAAGCUGUCAUCGCUCGUCUCACUGGAUCUGAGCAACAACUCCCUCACGGGCUUCAUCGACCCUGCGAUUGCACGCCUGCCCCGACUCUCCGACCUGGACAUGUCGUACAACAACCUCACGGGGGCUCUACCAGACGCUCUUGGCUCAGCCACCGCCCUCACCUCCUUCGCUUUGGCCUUCAAUCAACUGUCGGGGAAUCUCCCUCCCACGCUCGGCACUCUCCCCUCCCUCUCGUUCCUGGACAUCCGAGGCAACAACUUCUCAGGCGUCGUUCCCCUCGCCUACUACGACAUAGAGCAGUUUCUCUACGAUGGCACCCUCCUCCCCGCCCCUGAAGGCCCCUCCGCCUCCCCCCCGCCGCCCCCCAUCCCGCCGCCCCCUCCCCCCUCCGUCCCCCCGCCGUCCCCACUCCUCCCUGGCUUUCCAAAUAACCCUGGGGGUGCCGAUGGGGAUGCAGGGGCGCCGGCUUCCUCCCCCUCCCCUCCACUCCCUCCUACUCCUCCCACCGCUCCUGGUUCCCUCCCCGCCCCUGCCUCUUCCUCUCCCCCUUCUCCUCCCACCGGCAACCUCUCUGCCUCACCUGCCCACCCGCCCGCUCCGCCCUCGCGCCCGCCCCCCCCUGUAAUCUACGCCAACGGGUCUUAUAACGGGGAUGGAACCGGAACCGGAACCGGAGGGCAGAAGUACAUCUACCUGGACCCUUCGGUGCCUGAGAACGAGACACAGGCGCUGGUGCCGGUGCCGGCAGGGUGCGAGGCGUGCGGAGGGGGGAGCGUGGCGCGGAAGCACAAGAGAGCGUGUGUGUGCGCGUACCCGCUGCUGAUGGAGCUGCACUUGGGCAUGGAGUUCCCAAGGUUCAAUGACGUCACCCGACAGAGCCUAGAGGAACAGCUGGCGCUGAGUUUCAACGUGGACCAGUCCCAGGUGGCUGUGUACACCACCCGCCCCGGGAGUGUCGUUGCGUCCUGUGCCCUGCUCCCCCUUGGGCGCACGGCAGUGCUGCCGGCGGCCGUGGCGGCGCAUGCAGUGGACGUGCUGAGAGGAAGGAGGAAGCAGAGACUGGAGCUGUUUGGGUUCGGUGCUGUGAAGGUGCUGGCGAUGCGCCUGCCCAGCGUGGUGCUGGAUAAGAACGGAGUCCCCAUAACAGCCAGCAACAGCAGCAGCACCAGCAGCACCAACAGCACCACCGGCACAGUGCCCCCUGCCCCCCCUGUCACCAAUGGCAGCAGCAACCCGGGCAGUACCAGCAACAGCAGCAACACUCCACCCCCUAGCAGCAGCAACGGAAGCAGCAGCAGCAGCAGCAGCAGCAGCAGCAGCAGCAACAAUGCAGAUCUGGGUUCGACCAACACCAGCAGCGGUAGCGGCAGCGGCAACAGCAGCAGCAGUGAAAGCAGCGGUGGCGGCAGCACGAGCAUUCUCGGACUGUCGACCGCUGCAGUGGUUAGCAUCGUGGCCGGUAUCGCCCUGCUCCUCCUGCUCGCCCUCCUCACCACUCUCCUCUUCUGCUUCAGAAAGCGAUACAUGAGUGUCAGCAGCACCGACGACACCGCCGACUUCAAGUUCGACCAGGGUUCAGGGUUCAACCACCCUACCACCGGCACCAGCACCGGCACCACUGCUGCCUCUGCUGCUGCUGCAGCUGCAAGUAAGAAGAAGCCGAAGCGCAGCUGGUUCAACUAUGGAAGAAGAUCCUCCCCCCCGGCCGCGGCCUAUUCUGUCUCCUCAUUUCAUGCUGACAGGGCUGCGGUAGGGGGUCCAGAGUAUAAUGGGUCCUGGGCUGCUGGGGGUGCAUGGGGAGGGGGAGGGAGUGGGUGGGGGCUCCCCUCCUCGUUCCUGUCAUCUGGAGUAGAGAUUGGGGAUAUCAGUGUGGUGGAGAUCACAUCAGAGCCGUCGGAUCUUGAGGAUCUGGAGAGCGGAGGAAAGGGGGUUCGGGUGAUGGGCGGUGAGGGGGUUAUGGUGCCUGUGGGGGGGCGGGCAGUGGCCACCCGUGCUGCUGCAGCAGCAGCAGGAGGAGGAGCAGCAGGAGGAGCAGCGGGAGCAGGUGCCAGUGCCCUUGCAGUUGCAGGAGCAGGAGCGGUGAGAGUGGUGGGGGCAGCAGGAGCAGCAGCACCACCAUCACCACCAGCAGCAGCAGCAGGAGCAGCAGAUGAGGAUGGGAGUGGGAAGAAGGGGGAAUGGGGGGGAAUGUCAUUCCUCAGUCUGGGGGGGAGUUGGGCGGGGAAAGGGGUGGGGAGCUGGGGGGGGAGAGGGGCGUCUACUUCUGCUUCUAGAGGGUGGGCAGUGGCAAAACCUGCUGCUGCUUCUGCUGGAGCUGGGGCUGGGGUUCCUCCUAGCGCUUCUGAUGCUGUGGCUGCUGCCGCUGUGGAGGGGGGGGAAGGAUGGGCGGAGGGGAGGGAGGGAGUGAGGAAUGGGAGGACGAGGUGGAGGGUGAGGGCAAGGAGGAGGAGUUUGAAUUGGAAGGUGAGGGAGUGGAUGGGGCGGAUGGGGAGGUUGUGUGUUUGGGAGGAAGGGAGGAGGAGGGGGAAGAGGAAGACAGGGGGGAGAAGAGUGGGAUUGGGGGUAAGGGGGGGAGCGGUUGGGGAGUGGGGGCGGUGGCAUGGGGAGGAAGGGGAGUGGGAAGAAGAGGAAGCAGCGGCAGAGAGUCCAAUGGAGAGAGUGGGUGGAAGCUUCCUCGACUGAGCAUGAAGUUUCCCUGUGAGAAGC